UUUGGUUGCGUGUUGGUGUAUUUUACUGUUUGCAAUAAAGAGGGGGGGAUUUUUUUUUUUUUGUUCAGUUUCUGCCGCAAUUAACUCUUGGUCCCUUAAACAUCUUCCUUUUUUAAUUUUUUGAGGGGGGGUUCGGGGCUUUUUCGGUUUUCGUGGUUUUUUUUUUUUUUCCUGUCAAUUUUUUUUUUUUUUUUGCUGCAGGACGGUCGGAACAGUUUUUUUUUUUUUUUCGCCGCUUCCAUUUAUUUUCGAUAUCUUAUCUCUAUUAGGUUUUGCAAUCAACUAUUAAGGUGCAACUAUGCCCAAAAGAAAGGCUCCAGCUGAAGGCGAGGUAAAGGAGGAGCCAAAGAGAAGGUCAGCCAGACUAUCUGCUAAACCUGCUCCUCCCAAACCGGAGCCAAAGCCCAAAAAGGCAGCACCUAAGAAAGAAAAAGCAGCAAAUGAUAAAAAGGAGGACAAAAAGGCAGCAACAAAAGGGAAGAAAGGAGCCAAAGGCAAAGAAGAAACUAAACAGGAGGAUGCUAAAGAAGAAAACCACUCUGAAAACGGAGAUACCAAAACUAACGAGGCACCAGCUGCUGAAGCAUCUGAUGAUAAGGAAGCCAAGUCCGAGUAAUGUUAACCCUGCCCUAUAUCUCCAUCAUUUGGUCUCCGUACCUCCAUGCUGUAUUGUUAACAGAGAGGAAUAUUUUUAUCAACUAUUUUAUAAAUGCAGGUUUUUUUAGCAUGAAUUUAAUUAUGGAACAUCUUCAUCUCGGUUACUUGGGAAUUAAAUCCCUAACAAACAAAAGAAAACAAAAAAAAAAGUCAUUGUUUUUAAAUUUUGUGAUUGUAAUAGUUUGUAUGGUACAUGGAAAGAAUAAGUGGUGGUAGCUUUUGACUUCUGUCAGUGUGUCCCUUUUUGUGUAAGUCAUGCUUACAGACUUCAGAUUUUAAUUUUUCCCUUGUAUGUGUUGUAUGGUUUCUUAAAGUGGGGAGGUCUCAAAACAAAUAACUGUGUGAAACAUUCCAGUGGUUCUGUGGGUUGCUUUUAUAAAGAAGGUGAGCUAUUUUCAUGAAAAAAAAAAAAAACUUAAGAGCUGGAAAUCUGUUGUUUCCCAAAUGUAAUUUUAUUUUGUCAGUUUUGAAAAAAAAAAAAAAAAAAAAAAAAAAAAAAUAAAUAAAAGUGUAAUCCUGUUUUUAAAUGAAAUACAAACAUUUCUUUUCAAAAAGGGCAGGUUGGUUGUAUGUACCCACUGUUAGGAAUUUUGCUGGAUUUAUCUUAAUAAAAAAGACUCCUCAAAA